AUGGCCAAUGCGCAGGGCAGCCAAGAAAUGCCAGUGGACCAUACAGGAAACUCUCCUGCUAAGCGACGGGCAGGCGAUCAGGGGGAGAAUCUCGCUUCGCACUUGGAUGUCAUUCGUGAGGCCAUUCGGGGGGAACUCAAAGACGCCCUCUCCGAGGUCAAACAAGACAUCCGCAGUUUCUCCAACCGAGUGGACAACGUGGAAAGCCAGGUCACCAAGAAGAUGCAGCAGACUCUCAAUCUCCUCGACGACAUGACUCAAAAGUACAGCCAACAGGGGGAUAUUCUGCAGCAGCUACAGGAGGCCAACAGAGAAGUAAACCUUCGCCCGGAACGCCUGGAGAAAGGAGGGGGAUCCUCGGUUGCAGCCAGCACCAUUGCUCCCUCCGACAGCGCUCGCCAACCUGCUCUAAUCAUCGGGGGAUGGGACCCGGACUCGGCCCCUAUCGAUACAACCCCGUUGUUCGUGCCGGGCGUCCGGCGCGGUUACGCCAUUCUACCGAUCGACGAGCCCAUGGGGGAAAGCUAUGAACAACGACGCACCCGAAUCCAGGAAGUCAUCUCCAAGGUGCGGGGGGCGAACAUUCAGUUGGGGAGCAAACCUGAUGGCACCACAAAGCGCGUCUGGAUUGCAAUUUCGCAACCUCCAGACCGCCGACGCCGCGCCAGACUUGCUGCAAAGGUGAAACGUCUCUACCUGACCUUGGGGGGAGACAAAGGAGCCUUGCAAAUGGAGUUCAGCACGGGAACCGCAUGGGUCAACAGUACCAAGAUCAGCUCGGCAACGGCACCAAAGCCGGGGGGAGCAGAGGACGCAGGCCCUGGCUGGGUGGACAUCGCCGCGAUCGCCAAGGCCACCCGUACCACCAGAGAGGCAACGGCAGCCGAGGGGGGAAAUCAAUCCGGCCAAACCUGGGCAAUGACGUGGAACGUCGGGGGACUGACGGCAGACAACCUGCUGAAGCUCCUCGACACCUUCAGCGGCAGCCCGGACCUGCACUGUGUCACUAUCGUUUUGCUGCAGGAAAUCAUUUGCGAGCAAGGCCUUUCCCAUGCAGAAUCAGACACUUGGCAAGUUGUUUAUGGCAAGAGAGAGGGAGAGUUCCGAGGCGAGGGGGUGGCACACACCUCCGAACACUACACACACCACCACAGCAGAGUUACCUCCGGGGGGGUGAUCACCACACUGAAAGCCACCACAGACAAAGCAACCGUCAGAACACUGGCGGGGCACAUCCCACACCACGCCACCAUCCCCGAAACAGAGACCAUUCUUUCCGAAUGGGGGGACGGCCUGGGCGACCACAAACGCUGCUUACUGGGCCUCGACGCUAACGAGUCCCUCCUCCCCCCCUCACCAAUGUACCAGGAUGUUACGCAACCUCGGGCCGGGGCCAUGCAGCCCCGCCGACUGGACUACAUCCUGGUGAAAGGGAUUACAGCGGGGGUCGAGCAACUCCUGACAGUCCCACCCCCGAGAGGAGAAGACCCGCACAAAGUUCUAGCCACCCUAGCAAAGGCGAUCACGGUCCCCGGCAGCGGACACAACAAGUUCCAAGAAAGCGCCAAACUGAAGGGGAUGCGCAGGGAUGCCCAGCACUGCCCACCCGGGCCCGCAGCCAGAGCAGCAUGGAAAGCCAUUGCAAAGUGUCACAAACAGGAGCAUAGAGCUUGGAACACCAAGCAGGCCGAACAGGCCGCACAACUGGACUGGAGGGCGUUACGCACAUUGCAAAAAGCCAGAACGCACCGAGGCUGGCAACUCCAGCUACAAGACAACCCCGACUGGCAGACCCAGCUCCACAACCACAUGCGCUCCAUCUUCGCCAAGCCCAUCCCCCCCGGGGGGAGCGCCCGGAUUACCACGCUCCGUGACCAGCUCCGCCGCCGGUGCAAGCUCACGCCGUGGCAACCAUUCCACAUCGCAGAACUACAGAUCGCAGCACAGCGCUGGGGGAGCAACAAGAGCACAGGACCCGACGGCAUUUCCCACGAGGCAGCCAAGGCGCUGCUAGCCCAUAAAGCCUGGGGGGGAUUCAUCACAUAUGUCAUGAACGACAUGCUCUACACGGCCCCGAAACCAUCGACCGACCGGGGGAUUACAGUACUUUUACCCAAAGUCCCCACACCACUCGAGUGGACCGACACACGACCCAUUACACUCAGCAGCACUUUGCUCAAGCUUGCAGCACAACUCCUCCUCGCACGGGGGGGAGCUUACAUCCGGGGGGAGGCCACCUUGCAGUGGGCCCGACAUGGCAGACAAGGGGUAGAACUGGUGGCGACAAUUCGCCGCGUCGUGCAAAUGGCAAAAGACUGGGGCGUGCCGACAUGGUUGGUUAAACUGGACAUACGCAAGGCAUUUGAUAGUGUCUGGCAGCACAGUAUGAGCGAGCUUGUCGCAGCACGGGUGGGGGGGGUUGCCUCGACCCGAUGCCCAAUCCCAGCCGACGGGGGGGACAAACCUUGGGAAGCCCUAAUGUGGCUGAGCAUCCUCGAGACCCGCACCCUCAACGUCGCGGUAGGCGACACCAUCACGCCAGUACCACAAACCAACGGCAUUCGCCAAGGCAGCCCCGAUUCCCCCGACCUCUUCGGCGCCAUCGUUGCUCGAGACCUUCAGUCAGCCAUCCACGCAGCACCCACACAAGGCCCGGACGCACAAGGAGGACCGCCACCGCCACGAGCCGGGGGGAGCUUCCUUGAUGAUACCUACCUCUGGUCACAAGACAAACACCACUUACAGCGCCUCCUCCACAACCUUGAGGCAGAACUCUCGGAGGAUGGCCUCCACAUACAUCCCACCAAAACUGCCAUUCUCUUCAGCCAGCCCGAAGGGGGGGGUACCUUCGAGAUUGGCAACACCACGGUACCGUGUGCCCCCUACAAGACCGUAAUUGCCACCCUUGGGUCACCCAUCACCUUUGGGGAGCAGAUCGCAGCAAAACACAAAGGCAUACUCCUGGCACGCACAAGCAUUAAGGCCAGGGUAGCAGCAUACACCACUCUGGUACGCUCCGCCGCACUAUAUGCUGCCGAGACAUGGCCAGCCAACCAGCGCUUACUCAGAGCAGCCAACUCUCUACAAGCACAGCAUUUGAGACGCAUGCUCCACAUCGAGAGGAGGCCAACGGAGCAGUGGGCCGACUGGCACAUCCGCUCUCUCAGGAUGGCACGCCUCCACAUGCAGAGGGGAGGAUGGCCCCGCUGGUCUUCCUUUAUCCUACAACAAAUCUGGUCCCUUUGGGGACACAUGGCUAGAGGGGGGGAAGAGGUCAAUGCCAUGCUGCAAUGGAAGAACCUCGAAUUCUGGCGCAAGGAGCAACGCAAACCUCGCAACAGCAGAGUCAACCACGCAGCGCGCUUCAACCCAGAAGCAGACGUCGAGAGAGCCCUGGAGAGCGUCGGUGGCACAAACUGGGGGGAAACAGCCCAGGACCGAGUACUUUGGCACCAACUUUCACAAUCCUUCGUCGAUCGUUUCGACGUGCCGUGGGCAACCGGGAAGCAAACCAGCAUACACGACAAUCUCACACCCAACAGGUUGUGGAGGGGACAGCGUAUGAAGGCAACCGCAGCAGCGAAAGCUCAGAACCUACAGACCCCCGCCCUCAGUGACAUCAUGGUCUCGAAGGGGACUGCGCUGAUCUGCCUAGCGGCGGUCACGGGCUCCCGCCUCCCACCAGGCGGCACACGAGCCAUCCCAGGGAUGACCAUGCGUGAACACUACGCCUGGAUAACGACGGGGGAGAUACCGGCAAGCUACAUCGAGCGAGAGCUGCUGCCGCACUUCCCUGGCAACAGCAGCAACACCGACGACGGUGGGGACAGCACCUCCUGGGUCAAGGAAGCCACAGCAGAAGAGGAGGAUGGCCAGCCAGCGGGCGACCCCAUGACCCAACCAGGUCACACCAAAGCAGACACCUACACACCCUACUGGCACCCCGACGCAGAGGAUGUGGGGGGAACGAUCCAAGCUGCCCUGGCCCAACUGCAGAUGAUACAUGAAAUUGCAGACGGCAACCACGCGGGGGAGCUCAUCUCCAAUAUCUGUGCUAUAGCGCUCAGAAUGCUCACGCAAGCCGACAGUUUCCCUCACUCGAGGCCUCGGAGGAUACAAGCAGCCUUCGCAGGCCCCACGGGACUCAGCGAAGCCUACCGCUUCGUAGCUUCGAUGAGAGUGAGAAGGGGAGAAGGCUUCACCCCAGAGGAGUAUGCGACGGACUUGAGCCAACUCCGAGCCAUGGUGGAAACAGGGCUAGCCGAGCUCAAAGACCCGAUGCCGGGGGACGUCACCGAGCAGAACCUCAACAAAGCGACCCUCAAGCUGACGGCCGCAUACCACCAAAUCGACCAAGUCAUCCUGCGGGCGCUGGGGGGAGAUAGGCAGUGGAACACCCUCGAAUGGUGGAACGAGCUGCAUGAUCUUCUCGCACCAGCGGCGCUCUUGGCCACCAAGAGGGGUGAAGCCACAGUCAUGACGGAGGAUCCCGACACGGCACACCCGGCAGAUGCACUUGCCUUUGCGGGGGAAGCCACCACAGAGUGGGAGGCACGAUCCUCGCAGAGAUCUUCCGCAACUACAAGACUGCUACGAGCCGCGGGGAGACUUAAGAACACGGUCCCCUUCCUGAAUGGGCAGCUCAUAGUGCCAAUAGUCGAAACACUUCAGGCACUGGAGGCAUGGCAACAAGCUAUGUUUGGGGGAGCACACGCAGUGCAUGAACAGACACAGACCGGCGACAUCAACACGGAGGGGGAAACGGCGGCCUACAGCGAGCAGCCCGAGAAUCCCGAGGGGACCACGGAGGCGCUUCGCGAGCACACCGUGGAAGCAACGACCGAGCCCAUGCCCGCGGAGCCACAUGGGGGAGACGGCGCCUUGCCACAUGGGGGAGACGGCGCCUUGACAGCCGCACAAAUGGCGCAGAUGAUGACAGCGAGUCUACAACAAGCAGUCAAUGAAGUGGGGGAAAUGGCAACCAUCCCCACACAAGACGACAGUGAAGCCGACCCGAUGCCGGGGGACGUCACCGAGCAGAACCUCAACAAGGCGACCCUCAAGCUGACGGCCGCAUACCACCAGAUCGACCAAGUCAUCCUGCGGGCGCUGGGGGGAGAUAGACAGUGGAACACCCUCGAAUGGUGGAACGAGCUGCAUGAUCUUCUUGCACCAGCGGCUCUCUUGGCCACCAAGAGAGGUGAAGCCACCACAGUCAUGACGGAGGACCCCACCAUGGCACACCCGGCACGGCAGAUGCACUUGCCUUCGCGGGGGAAGCCACCACAGAGUGGGAAGCACGCACUUGAGGCAUGGCAACAAGCUAUGUUUGGGGGAGCACAUGCGGUGCAUGAACAGACGCAGACCGGCGAUGUGAACACGGAGGGGGAGACGGCGGCCUACAGCGAGCAGCCCGAGAAGCCCGAGGGGGACAUGGAGGCGCUUCGCGAGCACACCGGGGAAGCAGCGACCGAGCCCAUGCCCGCGGAGCCACAUGGGGGAGACGGCGCCUUGACAGCCGCACAAAUGGCGCAGAUGAUGACAGCGAGUCUACAACAAGCAGUCAAUGAAGUGGGGGAAAUGGCAACCAUUCCCACACAAGACGACAGUGAAGCCGCGACUAUGCCAUGGAACCCGCCACCAGCCGGGGGAGAAGCUCAGCUGAGUGCCAACAGAGCACGCCGGGCCCUGAGACAGAAGAGGGCCUACAAACCCGGGCCGCUUGAGGGAAAGCCACAGAAAGGGAGUGUCCUGUGCCCGAGUGCGAUAUCCGUCGAGGGCACGAUCGGAAUACUACGCGAGUACUUGCCCAUCGCCGACGGCCGCGACAUCGUCGCGAACGUUCCACGAGGUGAACCGCUGCCCAGGCGUGCGAGGGACCCUGUCCACCACUACCGGUACGGCUUGGCGGCCCUACAGGGGGACUACCACACCGGAGCGAUCCUCCGCAAGACCAUCGGCAAACUACCUGGGGGAAGCGCCAUGGCCAACGCACAGGGCAACGAAAUGCCGGUGGACCAGGCCGGCAACUCGCCCACCAAACGCAGAGCAGCAGACCAAGGGGAGGGCCUUGCCUCCCAUUUGGAUGUUAUCCGCGAAGCCAUUCGGGGAGAAUUGAAAGAUGCUCUUUCCGAGGUCAAGCAGGACAUUCGGGGGUUUGCAGCCAGAGUCGACAACGUGGAAAGCCAGGUGACGCGGAAGAUGCAGCAAACGAUAAACCUCCUGGACGAUAUGACCCAGAAGUAUACUCACCAGGGGGACAUCUUGCAACAACUGCAGGAGGCGAACAAAGAGGUCAACCUCAGGCUGGAGCGGCUUGAAAAGGGCGGGGGAUCGUCGACAGCGGGCAGCACAAUUGCCCCGUCCGACAGUGCCCGCAAGCCUGCACUUAUCAUCGGGGGAUGGGACCCGGAUGCCCCGGCCGCCGACACCAAAGAUGCAGUCCUUGAUGUGCUCAAGUCGGUGGAGGCGCCCAUCGAUACAACCACGCUUUUCGUGCCGGGGGUCCGGCGCGGAUACGCCAUCCUACCUAUCGACGAGCCUAUGGGGGAGACCUUUGAGCAACGCCGAACCCGGGUCCAAGAGGUUAUCUCUAAACCGCCAGACAGGAGACGCCGGGCGAGACUUGCAGCAAAAGUGAAGCGCUUGUACCUCACGUUGGGGGCGCUUCAAAUGGAGUUCAGCACCGGCAGCGCAUGGGUCAACAGCGUCAAGGUAUGCUCAGCAACCGCGCCACGGCCAGGGGGGACAGAAGAGGCUGGACCAGGCUGGGUGGACAUUGCCGCGAUCGCUAAGGCAACCCGCACCACCAAGGAAGCCACCGCUGCCACAUGGUCUCCGCUUAAGGCGGAGAUCAACUGA